AUGGCAGGAUCCCUCAACCCUUCGUCUGAUCCCAGGGAACAAAUGAACAUCUUAGAGGUCCAUCAGCAAUUGCACUCACAACCAGUGGUGAGUGAACAUCAGUAUCGAGUUCUAAAAGAGAAACUCUCUACAUUGGAGGCUACUGUCUACUCCCUGGACAACCAGCUACAGAAAUCCAAUAAUACCCAUUCCAUUGAAGGCCCUGGCAAGAUUGAGGUCAGCUCUGAAAUUGAACUUCAAGGGCCAAUGAAAGAGAUCGAAGAGUUGAAGGUGAAACUGAAGCAGCUUCGAGAAAAUUUCCCAGAGAUUCAAAAUAAGAUCACUCAGCUCAAGGACAUGACCAUAGGCUGCAAGAAGGAGCUUACCAGACAACACCCAGGAUACUGAAGGCCACAGGAAGACUCAGGGCAACUCUGG